AUGCCCAAAGCUGCUGCCAUUCCCAUCAUUGACAUCUCCGCCGAGGGUGUGGACGAGCUCGAUAUUGCCAAGGCUUUGGUGGAUGCCGCAGCCUCAUAUGGCUUCGUCUAUAUCAGAAACACCGGCAAGGACAUUGCGGCAGAGCAGGUUCAGAGCGCAUUUGAUAUUUCACGUAAACUCUUCCUCGAGACUCCCAUUGAGGAGAAGCAGAAAUGCAGCAUUCAAAAGAACAACCGGGGCUGGUCCGGGAUGCACACGGAGACUCUAGACCCCAAGACACAGCGCGUCGGCGACUUCAAAGAAGCCUUCAACUUUGGCCCCUUUACAGACGGCAAGCCAGAUCAACCGCUGCCCUCGACACUAGAGGCUGACCAAGCGACCAUUGCGGCGUUUCGGGCCUCCUGCAGCGCCCUGUGCCAACGUAUCCUCUGGCUCUUUGGCGUAGGCCUGUCGGCAGACCCGCCGAGCUUCUUCACGGCCUCGCACUCGGACGCCCGGCCGUCGGGCACGAUUCUGCGCCUGCUGUACUACCCGCCGCCAGGGGAUGCCACCACGUCGUCGGCCCGUGCCGAUGACGUCCGCGCCGGCGCCCAUUCCGACUAUGGCUCCAUUACCUUGCUGUUCCGCCUCGCGGGCCAGGCGGGUCUCGAGGUCCUGACGCCCGAAAACGUCUGGGCGCCUGUUCCCGUGGUGCCGCCGGGCACCGAGGCCGAUCCCGCGCCACCGGUGCUGGUCAAUAUCGGUGACUUGCUCAGCUACUGGACCAACGGUCUGCUUCGCUCCACGGUUCACCGCGUUACGUUUGACGGUGGAAGUGGUGGUGUUAACGGCGAGAGCAGCACUGGGCCGCGGUAUAGCAUCGCCUUCUUCUGCCACCCGGCCAACGACACCAAACUUGAGCCUGUGCCGAGUGCAAGAGUUCGUGAGUUUGCCGGCAGUUUGGACAGCGCCAAGGAGGGCAACCCGUAUGCUGAACGCAAAGUGCUGACAGCAACGGAGCAUUUGCAAAUGAGGCUUGAGGCUAGUUAUGCAAAGUUGUAUGAGAAAAAGGACUAG